CUACUUCAAUAGCGAUCAACAGCUCAAUAGCUAAGUGCACUGUAACUCGAAAUGGAUAACAAAAAUCUCAUUGAAUUGCUUCUAAUAGACUAUCGAUGGAUUGUUGUGCUGUUUUUCUUGCUACCGGCUUCAUUUCUAUACAAUUUGUUCUAUAGUGUCCGGAGCAAAAUCAUUUUUCGUUUGCAUUCAGCACCAAAAAAUCACGACCAAAAAGUGACAAAAAUUCAGAAACAAGUACGAGAAUGGAAAAAAUCCGGAAGCAAUGCCAAAAUGUGCACAGCCCGUCCUGGAUGGCAAACUAUGAGCUUCCGAAAGCCAAUGUACAAAAAAUCGUCUUAUCAGAUCAAUUGUAAUCUUGUUGAUGUAUUAGAAGUUGACACAAACCGGAAAAUUGUUCGCGUUGAGCCACUAGUGAGCAUGGGACAACUCUCGGAAACACUAGCUGCUCUUGGGUGGACAAUUCCAAUAGUGCCUGAGCUGGAUGAUUUAACUGUCGGUGGACUAGUAAUGGGAACCGGUGUGGAAUCAAGCUCGCAUAUUUUUGGACUAUUUCAACACAUAUGUAUCUCCUAUGAAUUAGUAUUGGCAGAUGGGAGCCUUGUCAAUUGCUCAGAAAGAGAAAAUAGUGACCUCUUUUAUGCUAUACCUUGGUCUUAUGGUACACUAGGACUUCUUACGGCUGUAGAAAUCAAAAUAAUUCCCGCUACAAAAUACAUUCGGCUACACUAUGAACCAGUGAUUGGACUUCAAAAUAUUGUUGAUAGAUUUGAGCAGGCAUCUCGUGAUACAAAAAAGAACCAUUAUGUGGAAGGAUUGCUGUAUACGUUGAACGAAGCCGUGAUCAUGACUGGCGAGAUGGUUGCAGAUAGCGAAAUUGAAUGGAGCAAAGUUAACGACAUCGGAAAAUGGUACAAGCCAUGGUUUUUUGCCCAUGUACGGGGAAUCCUUAAAAAGCGAGAAAAAACUUAUGAGUAUAUGCCUCUGAGGGAAUAUUACCACAGGCACUCUAGAGCUCUUUUCUGGGAAAUACAGGAUAUUGUUCCGUUUGGAAACAACAGCAUUUUCCGCUAUCUUUUCGGUUGGUUAUUACCUGUCAAAGUUUCUCUUCUAAAACUUACGCAAACUGAAACGGUCAAAAGGCUUUAUGAAAACAAUCACAUAAUUCAGGAUCUACUGGUUCCUACAAGUACUAUGAAAAAAUGUUGUGAGGAGUUCGACCGUUUGGUAAACGUGUAUCCUAUUUGGCUGUGUCCUUUCCUGUUACCCAGCAACUCUGGAAUGUUGAAGCCAAGCAAGGGAAUGGAGAAAGAUUUGUACGUUGACAUUGGAGUAUACGGUGUGCCGAAAGAUCGCCACUUUGAUCCCGUGAAAACAACGCGAGCCAUCGAGGAUCUGGUCGAAAAAUGCAAAGGCUUUCAGAUGUUGUAUGCAGAUACCUACAGAACAGAGGAAGAAUUUCGGCGUAUGUUCGAUCAUACUUUAUACGAUAAGAUGCGUCGAAAAUACCGCUGUGAGGCUGCUUUCCCAGAGGUUUACGGCAAAGUAAACAAAAAUGUUCGGGAUUAAAACAAACAGAACAUAUUAUUGAAUUGCGAUAUCCUGAUAAUAUCAUUUAUUUUUCAGUUUUCGCAUUUUUCUAUCGUAUCUAAAAAUAUAAGUGUCCUCUUUUGCUUCUUAAAACUACGAGCUAUCUCUUUCAAUGCUUAUUCAAUAUUUGAUAAAUUUAAACUAGGCAGCUUCUAACAAAAGUGAAGCAAAAUGAAUAAAUUUUAUUUUCGUUUUGUAUGAAUUGACAACUUAUGUGCCUAAGCCAUUCUAAAGUGGUACAUGGAUUUCCAUCUGUCUGUUAGUUGCACGGUUGCAAAUAUGUGUAGAUUAUGGUAAAAUGUCUUUCGGUGUGUGGAACGAUUUUGAACAGUUUAAUCAUUUCAUAAAUAGCUUAAAAGAUUUGUAGGCAUAUUUUAAUCAAAGGGGCAAAUAAAUGUUGACACGGUAAACUAGAAACUUGAUCUAAGAGUUUCUUUUUGCCUUUUCAACCUUUUUGUCCCAAGGUCCAAAGUCCUCCGCAAAUAACUAAAACAAACAAUUCGUCAAGCAUAAUUAUACCGCUUAUACAACAAUAUUUCUACUAGAUUUCGAUAAUAGAAAUAUCCAUGGUUAAAUAACUUUAAAAUUUAAUAUGCUGAUUUUAGCAUCAAGAGUCACCAUGGAACAGAGAGGGUUGAUUGUUCGGCUCACAAAAACGCUAACAGAUAUUUUCAAAAUAUCACAUUCACUGCAUGUUUCUUUACGAAAUAUCCUUUUUAUACCUCUUCUGAUUAUUUGAUUUUGAUACUUAUUUUUUGUCAUCCCGGCCAAAAGAAACAUGAUAAAAGGGCGUAAUUUCGAACAAUUGCUGUUCUUGUUGAAUCACAUUUUUGUAGUCUAAUGAAUUUUCUUGUCAGGACUAAAUAAAUUUUUGUUUUGUUAGCGCCGAUAACGGUUUGAAACACUAUCUGGUAAGAAAUGUUACCCUUGUGCCGAAUUUUUUGCUUGCGACUGUCUAUCUGGUCUAACUUCUGACUGAUAUUUCUCACUGAGGCUGUAUAGACGCACAACUCUGAUCUUAUUUUUCACGCGCUUUUGCAACAUUUUUUUUUUGUUUCUGACGGUCAAUUUGUCUUAAAUAAGAUGUUUGAUUGCUUAAUUAUUUUGAAAUAUGACAAAUUAUUUUAUUUAAUAUGCAAGGCAAUCUAAAAUUUAUCUAAACAGUUCUCUGAGUAUAU